AUGUUUGUAGAGCCAUUUUUUGUUAUGAUACUUUCUGACUUCACAAUAAGAUUAUGUAAUUUGAGAAAUGAAAGGCAUAUUUCAUAAAAACUACAACCACUUACAAUUCUCAUUGGGAUGAUAAGUUUGGCUAGAUUUUUUACAGCAAUUCCAGAUCUGUUCUACACAGUUGAUAAAGUCACAUUCAUAAAUUAUGAAGGCUAAACUUUCUAUAAAAUGGACUUUGAGAACAGUUUACCCUAUCAGUUUGUUGAUUUGAUUUUGAUUUUAUACAGUCUUACACUAAUAUCAAUUACAGGUGUUUGGCUAAAUAAGCACAUGCUUCUUGGAAUAUGGAUAAUGAAAGUAGCUUAUUAGAUUGCAGUGACAUUCUUCGGAGUUUAGUAAUUCCUGCUUUAAGAUGGAAUAGAUUUCUUAAAUUUUGUGGUUCUUUACUAAUAUCUUAAUAUGCAGACUCUUUUAUGCGAUGUGGAAGAUAGUCGGGAGAAGCUAGACCGCUUCUUUAGUUAUAAUUUUUUGUUUUUUGACGAUGAUUGA